AUGGCUCAAUCAAAGAGAGUGGCUCUACCAGCCCUUCUAACACUAUGUGCCAUUGGCGUCCAAGCCGAUGGCACAGGCCUUAUUGGCUGGGGAAAGACAAUGUACAACCCAACAUGCUCCUUCGCCUGUCGACAAGUUAUCCGAAAACAACAACUCUCCUGUACUCCUACCGAGUCGACCGAGAAUCAUGGGACAGCGCAUAAUCCCGUCACGACACCGCCCGAUUGUUUUGUGGAAGACCAUAUCUUUCUUAAGACUAUGGCUCUUUGCAUAGACACAUACUGUCCCCUCGCAGGGAAUCCUUCUAUGAGUCUGAUCGAAGACUAUUGGGCAUCGCAUCUUGGAACAGGAACUAUUGGAAAGUAUGACUAUGUUCCGGUCAUGUCGUAUGAAGAUGCUUUGAGUGCGGCCAGGGAAGACGAAUCGAUGGCUUCCCAUAGCGCAAAUUCGACGUCUGGUCACAACAGCGGUAGCCAUCAUAAGAAGAGAGCUGCUCUUUUCCCGCGCCAUGGUGGCCACGAUACAUCUUCUCACGAAGGCCUAGUAACCUUCAAUGUGUCAAGUCCUUUGCCCGUCACCGCUGGCGGAACAGAGCCCCUCAACGAGACCAGCUUCAUCGGCCCUGAGGACUGGCAACUCCAGUAUAACUAUCUCUAUGACUUUGAGACCAACGAGGCUGGCCACACAACGAUGACUAUCACCAUCACUCUCGUGGCCAUCUGCCUCCCAGUUGUCCUCUCACUGUUGAGAUUCAUACCCGGCCUGACUAAGAGCCGAGGAUGGGCUUACUGGCAAUCAUUUCUGGUUGUCCCAGCGGCGUUUGGUAAGCGACAUCGUGAGCCAACUGUCGCUGGCAAUGUUCCCAACAGUGGACAGGCACUCUACAUCGCCUUAAUCAGCAUUCUCAACAUCCUACUCUGGCUCGGACCAUAUACAGUCCAUCAACCUCAGGCUAGCUUUGCCUCCCUUAAGAUGCAGACGAUCAGCGUCGUAGGCAACAGGGCAGGUGACAUGGCAAUGGGUAAUGUUGUGGCUUUGUUCCUCUUUUCAGCUCGCAACAAUAUACUUCUCUAUGUCACGGACUGGAGCCAUAGUACAUAUCUCCUGCUGCACAGAUGGCUUGGAUACUGGGCUAUCUUCCAUACGAUUGUUCACUCUGCCAUGCUUCUUGCCAACUAUGUCAUCCAAGGCACAUACGAAGAAGAGCUGCCAGUCAGGCAGAAGAUGUACGAGUUCUUUCUCGGAUCGCACAUAAUCUUAGCUCUUCUCUUCAUUAUUGGAUACUACUACCAUAUCUGGUAUCUUUAUGGGUACAAUUGGGGCUACGAGAUCUUUGCAUUCGUGGCUGGAGGUAUUUGGGGUCUCGAACAUGUCGUUCGACUAGUUCGCAUGGCUUGGCAAGGUAAUCGAAAGGCAACCAUCUCGACCAUUUCAGAUGUUGACGGAGAGUACAUCCGAAUCGAGAUUGAUGGGAAGCCUCUGGAGGGUGGUGUUGCGUAUCUUGCUUUCCCUACGCUUUCGUGGCGUUUCUGGGAGACUCACCCCUUUUCUGUCGCAUAUUCUGGCUCAUUGACUAGUGAGAACAGCCGUCAGCCAUCGACAACUGGUGCCAAAGAAGAAAGUAUGACAGUCUCACCUAGCUCUGAGACAGAUGCUGAAAAGGCUGGUAAUAUCAAUCAGAACACUUCAGUUGUUAGCGCAACUGAGGGGAGAUCUACUGUCUUCUAUGCUCGGGUCCGAACGGGCAUGACCAAGAAACUCGCAUCACGAGUAUCUGGCCAGCAAUCUGAAGCACUUCAACUUCGGGUGAUCGUCGAAGGACCUUACCAUCAUUCCGGCCAUAUUUCACCUCAACUCUCACACUGCAAAGACAUUUUGUGUAUUGCCGGAGGUGUUGGCAUCACAGCCUGUCUCCCAUAUCUUCGGCAAGGCGCUUCAGGCAAUACAAAACUCUUCUGGUCGAGCCGCAAGAAAGGUCUUAUCACAGCCCUAACACCGGCUCUUGCUGAUCUGCCAAGGAGUGUACAGGUCGAAACCGUUGUGGGGGAGCGUUUGGGUCUUAGGGGCAUCUUGACCCAAGAACUGAUUAGAGCGCCAGAUGAUGGUGCGCUGGCGAUUGUCAUGUGUGGACCUCCCAGUAUGGCUGAUGAAGUGCGUAGAGACAUUGUUGAGAUUGUGAGGAGCAGCGCCUUAUGCCGCGCCUAUGUGCUCCUAGAUGAAGCGUUUUCUUGGUAG